UGCCAGAAGGAAAAACAGGAUUGUUUUAAAGUAACCAGUGUCUUCAGAUGAGUUUGGUAAUAGUAUUUCAGGAUUUAUGCUGCAGAAGAUACAGUUUUUCCAGUCUGUUUCUAUUAUCUGACUUCAUCCCAAAAUAUUCUGUAUAUUUAAAAAGUGGAGGAUAAGAUAGCAGAGUAGAUUAAGAGCGUUUAUAAGACUGUUCACAGGCAACUAUUUUCUUUUUCUUUCAGAAGACAUUUGUAUGCUAUUCCACAAAACCUGGUUUUCAGAGACCAAAAAUAUUUUUGGAUCUCAUCUUAGUCACUCAGUUCCUUGGACUCACACUUGCAUGAACAAGAUCAAAGAACGUACUUCAGUAAUUUGCUUCAAGAUAAUCCUGUUGGAUGGUUUGCUUUCAUUUGGACACAAGUCACUGCCUUCUGUUCAGCUCUUUAAGAUUAAUUUCAACAGUAACAGUAAAACGAUGGGACAAGAAGAAGAAAAACCUCUGAAGGAAAACUUUCAGUUUAGUAGGAAAAGAUAUGUUCUUCCAGCAAAACUAUGCACCAAGGAGGCAAGUGCCCCAAACUUCUAUCAUGCUUGUUAUCUACACUCUAUGCAAAUACAAAAUAUCUGGGAUCAGAUAUUUAAAUUGUAAGUUUGCUAUGUAAGGCAUAAAAUAAUGUGUUAGUAAGAGUAAUAAAAAUAAGUCAAGCCCAGAUAUAAUACAUGGGAAGAACAAACAGAACAAUACGUUAGCUUCUUGCCCACUAUAGUUUGGCUUCAGUUUCACCCACUAACCACAGAAUCGAUUUGGAGCUGGGGGCUUUGAGCCAGUUGCUGUCCAAAUGACCAAAUGAAAUGGGUCGCAGAGAAACCUGUUAUCUGCAUACACUGAAUUGCGACUCAAUGGCUCAGCAAGGCAUCAAAGUGCGCCCAGUGCUGCUCAAGCGGAACAGUCUGGAUUCUGUUGAUUUUAGGAGGCAGCCUCACCAUCGCCGGAGCAAAUCACAACAAGUCCGAUUCAAAGAUGACGGGACAGACAAUUCACCAGCAGCAGAAUCAGAACAUGAAACAGGAGCUGCUCAAGACCCAUGUGCACUGGGUAAAACGCAGGCAUCCCAACCCCACAGUGUGCUGAACGAUUCCCUCUGUUUCCCUCCAUCUCACAAGGGAUUACAGAAUAUCGCAAUUCAGACUUCUCCUAGCCUCAGGAAGCAUUUUCCAGUAUUUAAAAAGAAAAGAAUUGCAACAAGCAAGUCCUUGACGGAAAUGCCAAAAGAAUCCGAGUAUUCAAUUCAAGUCAAUGGCAACCUUUCUGAACAGGACAUAAUCUCUUCUAGCCUGUCUUACUUAAGCAUCAGCCAGCAUUUAGAGGAUGGGCCAAGAACAGCCAAGGCAGCAGAUCUGCUGUUUCAAGGGGUGCAUAAAGCACAAAGCAACGGGCCAGUCCAUUUGGGUUCCGAUAAAAUUACAAUACUGGAAAAAGCAACUGUUUCAACCCAGGUCCCUGACUACACACACCCAGGUUCUGCACAAGACAGUUUUUCUGUUUGUGGCCCAGAUACACAAACGGGUCUAAGCAGCUCAGUUCAUUCUUCUACAGCUAUGAGACAAUCUAAUGAAAACUAUUCACUACAAAUGGGUUCAGAAAAAUAUUUGCCCAACAUAAGUCAUAACUGUAAUGAAACUAACAUGGUUCAUUGUUCGUGUGAAGAAAAAAGUUAUACUGAAUUAUUUGCAUCGAAGGAUGACGCUAGCACUAAGGGAACCAUUCUCUCAUCACCUCAGUUACACCCCAGUCUCUUACCCUGCUCCCUCAAAGAACAGGAGCAAUCAAUACAGCAGAAAACAGAUUCUGGCCAUAUGACACUGACUAACGAUAAUCAAACAGCAUCAUUCACCAACAAUAAUGCAUCACCCAGUGUUCCCUCAUGUCAAACUGUAACAGAGAACAUUUCUACCACUACCGAAGUGCCACAGUAUAACAACUGCUUAGAAGGCUUUUACAUAAACACUUAUCUUCCAGGGGCUGAAAUAAAACCAGAGAACAAAGAGAUUAAAGAAAUUAAUCAAAUACAUUUGGCGCACAGUGAGCUGAGCAUCCUACAAGACAGGCUCCAGUCCGUUGAGGAAUCUUUGCAGUCAAACCAGGAGAAGAUUAAAGUCCUUUUGAAUGUAAUUCAAGACAUGGAAAAGGCCAGAGCCCUCAAUGAAGGGCGGAACUUCUACCGCACUGGCCAAGAUCUCAACAAUUGCAGCACUUGCCAGAACACUGCAUGUAUCAUUUACAGUGUGGAAUACGACUUCAGACAACAAGAAGGGAGGUUUCACCAAGUUUUGAAAACACUGGAUCAAGUGGAAGAGAUUGCUCCUGUGACAACGCUACAGAGGCAACUAUCUGAUCACUCUGUCCCUGAGAAACAGGAAUUAAGAAGAAAGACAAAGAAAAAGAAAUGCUUCUGGUGGAUUUGA